AUGUCUGUGGGCUUUGGAGCAGGAGAGGGCCAGUUGAAAGUGGGGCAGCAGACACAACAUGUUUUGGCUACAGGAUGUAGUAUAGAGUCAGUGACUUCUCCUUCAGCUUCAACACUGAAUGUGAUAUGGAGCAGCUACAGUGGAGCUACGGUAUAUUGUCUGGACCUGAGGGUUGUGAACUCCACCAGCAUCGCCCCAGUGGUGGUGAUGCAGUAUGCACCCAGCACAAAGAGGCUGAUUCAGGGUUUGAAACCCGGACAUGACUAUAAUGUCACACUGAAGGUCUUCCAAUACACCCAUGUGGUGUGCACACACUUUGAAAUCACUAAGACAGUGGUACAGCCACCAACAGGAGUGUCCAUAAAUACGACGGGGAAGAGCACAGCUCGAGUGACGUGGAACACUGUUAGUAAAGUCUUGCUUUAUCAAGUGGCCGUGAGUGACAACGACAAGCCCAACGAUCAGCCGGUCAUCAGAAACACCACAACAACCACAACAACCACCAUGGACAUCAGUGAUCUGGAGCCCUGUUCCAGAUACACAGUGGGAGUAUCAUCACUCAACAGCUUCUUGGUUCCUGGGGAGCCCUCUGCUGUUACAUACAACACCUCUACUAUUAACCCGGUGACGACAGUCUCAGCUGAGUACAGCUGCACGAGCGGCUUGGUGACAGUAACUUGGGAUUUGGUAUUCGGGGCCAACUUGUACAGGGUAACGGCCACUGAUGGCACUGGUGCGGCCCUUAACUGCACAUCGGCCUCCACAAGCUGCCACAUCACCAUGCUCAAAUGUGGUGAGGAGUACCAGGUCCAUGUAACAGCCAUCUCAGACGACUGUGAGAGCAUCUCCAACGUCCAUUCCCUGUUCGAGACAGUCUCCUGUGCUCCUGCUAAUCCCGAGACAAGUCACGAUUGUUCGAGCAAUGUGAUCAUCUUUAGCUGGCAGCCCACCAACAACACCCGCUACUAUGUGGCAACGGCUGUGGACAAAAGUGGCCAAAUAACUGAGUGCAGGACGGCAGACAGCAAGUGUUUAUUCACUAACACUGGCUGUGGUCAGUUUUACAAGUACACUGUUUAUGCCGUCAGCGAUGUAUGCAACAGCGAAGCCAGCAAUCCUGAGUUUGUCCGGACCUCUCCUUGUCUCCCAACAAACGUUAGGACAGGAGAUGGUUGUCACUCUGAAAUGUUGAUCACAACCUGGGACUCUGCAGCAGGAGCUCUCUCUUACACUGUAGAAGCACAGGGGAACACUGAAGAAACCUACAACUGCACCUCCUCCACCAACAGCUGUGCGAUAAUGGGAGUUCCAUGUGGUGAACAUCUCAGUGUGUGGAUCGUUGCCUCCAAUGACAACUGCUCCACUGAAAGGGUACUGGGAGACAUUGCUCAGACUGUUCCCUGCAAGCCAAUUAAUGUGUCAGUAUCAGUUGACUGCAGCCAAGACUCUGCUAGAGUUAACUGGAUGACGAACAUUGGUGUUAUAUUCUACGUUGCCGUCGCUGAGGAUGACAAUGGGAAUGUGCACAGUUGCAAUUCAAUGGGCACCAACUGCUUGAUCGAAGACCUGAGAUGCGGACAGAAUUACACUGCCAGCGUUAUCGGCACCAAUAUAAAGUGCAACAGCAGCUCCAGUAACCAAGUUAGCUUUAUGACAGCUCCUUGUCCUCCAACAAAUAUUGAGGCGUUCAGAGACUGUGAUGCCAACCAUGCUCUGAUAGUGUGGCAGAACCAUAAGCCCACAGGCCUCUACACAGCAACCAUAGUGGAUAAGAGCGGGGAUCAGCUCAACUGCACCAGCAACACGGUCAACGACUGUAAAAUCCGCUCUCUGCCCUGUGGAAAGACAUACAACGUCACCGUCACCUACGAUAAUGGAAACUGUCAGUCCACCUCGACACAAAUCACCAUGGACUCAGUGCCAUGUGGUCCUGAGGAUGUGAUGGCCAGUGUGGCCUGUGUUACCGGCGAGCUGACGGUCACCUGGAACAUCUCAGUUCCUACAGAGAACUACACCACCAUCAUCUCCAGAGGAAUGGGUCAGCCUCUGUACUGUAACUCUACAGAGACCCAGUGCAUCACAGAAGGGUUGAUGUGUGGAAGCAUCUACUCUGUGAUCGCCUUCUCUGUCACCGGGACAUGCUUCAGUCUGCCCAGCGCAGAGGUCACAGUGCAUACAUUGCCGUGUCCUCCCACAAACGUCACAGCCAUGCACACAUGUGCUUCGGAUCCUGUUCCUGUGUCAUGGGUGGCCAGUGACAGCGCCAAAUACUACACUGCUGUCGCUGUGAGCGGCGGGGGUCACAGGUCACAGUGCAUGACCAACAACACUUCCUGCAGCCUCCCUGGACUCCUGUGUGGGGAGGUUUACACUAUUGGUGUGUCAGGAGUUGAUGACAACUGCACAGGUCAACUGAGUGACACUGUCUCUUUAAACACAGAGCCAUGUUCUCCCUCUAAUGUAUCCAGUCAGCGGAUGUGUAGCGCUGCCACUGCGCAGGUAUCCUGGCCACCUAGUGCCAACGCAGUGAGCUAUACCCUGGAAGCCAUCAGCAGCGGACAGAACCUCACCUGCAGCAGCUCCAGCCCAAACUGCACUCUGAGUAACCUGGUCUGUGGACAGGCCUACGACAUCCUUGUGACUGCCACUGAUGGCACAUGCGUUAGCAACUACAGUGCCCCCUUCAGACAAAACCCAGUACCAUGCCCUCCAGAGGACUUCAGUACGAGCCUGAUCUGUGGCACGAAUGAUGCAACGGUCAGCUGGAACAUUUCUUCGGCUGUGCCCCUCAACUACAGUGUCGCUGCUGUGCCUCUGGCUGAAAAUAUCAGUUCAGUCUUAUGCCAAACUAGCAGUGGCAGCUGUAGGCUGAUCGGUCUUCAGUGUGGAGAGACUUAUAAUGUGUCUGUCAAAGCUUCCUCUGGCAGCUGCAGUGGACAAUUUAGCCCCCCACAGACUGUUGAGACAGCACCCUGCCCACCUCAGAGUUUAACAGCAGUGACAGACUGUGGCACAAACUCUGUCCUGGCGUCCUGGAAUGCCUCUGUUGGUGCCACCUCCUACGCAGCGACAGUGAUGGGCCCCAACGGCUUCUCUGAAACCUGCUCCUCUUCAAACCUCACAUGCUCUGUCUCCGGCCUGCAGUGUGCCAGCCAGUACAACGUUACAGUGAAAUCCCAGGGGAACUGCAGCAGCUCUCCCAGUCAAACUGUUGUGAUAACAGAACCAUGUGACCCUAUCAAUGUGACCAGUGUCCUCCAGUGCGGUUCGGAUGCAGCCACGGUGUCCUGGGAAGCUGCUGCCGGGGCCGUGGCCUACACUGUACUCGCUCGAGAGGACAGCUCUCCGCAUUAUACUUCCUGUAGGAGCAAUACGACUUCCUGUCAGCUGAACCAGCUGCAGUGCGGAAAGGUUUACAACCUGACUGUGAUUGCUGAGGAUGCCACCUGUAACAGCACUGGAAGCAUCAGUACAAUCCUGAUGACAGCUCCCUGCUCUCCCUCAAUCCAGAACAGCACCCUCAUCUGUGGUACCAAUUAUUCCUCUCUGUCAUGGACGCCGAUGGCUGAUGUCACAAGUUACGUAGUUAAUGCGACAGCACCAAACGGGCACACAGUUUCAUGCAGCUCAGCUACUGCUACAUGCACCCUGACAGAUCUGCUCUGCAGUCAAACCUACAUGACCACAGUCAUUGCACGAGGAAGCCAGUGCGACAGUGCACCUGGCUCAAGCACCAACAUUACCACAGCCCCCUGUUCUCCAAGAAUUGUAUCAAAGCAAUAUACGUGUGGCAGCAACACAGCAGAGUUCAGUUGGACUGACCCUGUGGGACACCUCAGCUUCCUGGCUCAGGUAGCAGGAGGAGGCCAUCAGGAUAGCUGCCAGACAACAAACACUAAUUGUUCAUUCCACAAUCUUCCCUGUGGCUUGGAUUUAAAUGUAACCGUCCAGGCUCAGGGGGAGCAGUGCAUCAGCACCCCCAGUGUCAGCGAAUCUCUGGAAACAGUCCCGUGUGCCCCGCAGAAUGUUAGCGCCACACUGGUUUGUUUCAACCACUCAGCCCUGGUCUGGUGGGUAGGAAGCCCCAGUGCUGUGGGAUACAAUGUGACAGUGACGAGCAGGGAUGGACACGCACACCACUGCCACACCAACACUACCAGCUGUCCACUACCUGACAUCCACUGCGGUGAAACCUAUAACAUCACAGUCACACCAUACUCUGAGACAUGCACAGGACAACAAAGUGCAGCUUACAUCUUUAAAGCAGGUCUUUGCGCUCCCAGUAAUGUCACCGUGUCUCUGACUUGUGACGACAGCACUGUCUCAUGGUCUCAUGUAACAGGGGCUGAGAUGUACAUUGCAACAGCAACUGCAAAUGAUGGAAACAAUCACACUUGCAGUUCUAACUAUUCCAACUCGUGCAAUUUCACUGACCUCCACUGUGGGGAAACCUAUAAUGUUACUGUUGUGACUGUAGACAGAGGCUGCUGGAGCGAGCCCAGCUCAGCCGUGGAGCUGAGAACAGCUCUGUGUCCACCUACCAACUUGCUGGGCCAAGUUAGUUGCGAUGAUAACACCCUGAGCCUCACAUGGGACCAGAGUCAGGUGUCAGGGACCAACUACACUUUACACACUGAGAGGAUAGGCACCCCCACUCCUUCAGUGCUCACUACCUCUAAUACCUCACACACUUUGACCAACCUGCUGUGUGGACAGAGAUAUGCUUUCCGCGUGGCAGCACAGGAUGGAAACUGCCGCAGCAGCUACAGUCCGCCCAUAGAAAUAAGCACAGCUCCUUGUCAGCCAACCAACCUGACUGCUCAUGUGGGCUGUGGGACAAACAGAGGGAACUUCUCCUGGUCUGAGAGCAGUGGAGCAGCUUUCUACACUGUGGAGGUGGCGGGAGAGCACGGAUACGUCACAUCCUGCUCCUCCAAUGACACCUCCUGCUCUGUGAGACUUCACUGUGGCAGGGAGUACACAGCUACACUGGUAGCUUCCACUAACAGCUGCAACAGCAGCAAACAUACUGACAUUACUUUUGAGUCCGGUAAGAUAUAAAGGAACUGUUCCAUGACAUUACAUGACAUGUUACAUGUUAGACGCUUUUAUCCAAAGCGACUAACAUACUCAAUACUGUGGGCAAUCAC